AUGUCGAAGGCGGACCUGAUCAAGAGCCUCAACAGCAAGAUCGGAGCGACCGAGGCCCAGAAACAGAAGCACACCAAAGACAACGAGGAGGAGAAGUACCACAACAUGGACAUCAACGCCCUGGCGGAGGAGAAGUUGCAGGCCGGCAAGUACGCAGGGAAGACUUGCAAGACAGUCUACGAGAGCGAUGCCCAGUACGUGAAGUGGCUGGCCGAGCACCAGGGGGACAACGUCAAGUUCAUGAACCUCAUGGUGUAUGCCACGAGAAUGAUCCCCAAGCCAUCGCCCACGACACCGCAGAGUUCUGGAAGCAUGCAGAUGCACGACGUGAUGAGUGCCGGAAGCUUCGCGGACUUUCUCGAAGCGGAUCCCGGCGCGCCGCUCCCCGGUCCCGUCGGUCAGAUGGUGCUGGCUCUCCAGGACGUGGCCCGCAACAUGAAGCAGCAGGUGGAGCAACUGGAGCAGGCCAAUCAGACCCAGCAGCAGGCGAUCUACCAAUGCCUCUCGCAGAGCAUGGCAAUGCAAGAGCAGCUCGAGGACCUCAACCGCCGCCUCACGGUCAUGGAGCAGAACAUGGCGCCCGAGCUCAAGUGA